CAUCCAGCCUCAACCCCCUUCGAAACAGCUCCUACCUCAGCAUCGGCACCCCCCAGAACCGUCGUCCCCGUGUCGUCAUAUCCGAUAGUGCGGCGAAUUGGCCCACCGCGCGACGUAGAGGCCUUCCCGGCUCAGGCCGGACACUCAGCGAGCCCAGCAACAACCCCAGCCCUCCGCCCUGCUGCGAGCCCGCGCGACAAUGGCUGCACCGUCGGCACAGGAAGACCGUGAGGUCACGAACCCCGUGAAGCGGAUACGGUGGGCUACGCACCGCGCAACGGGCAUCAAGGCGGACACGAAGCGGCAGUCGCUGAAGGAGCGCCUGCACAGGCGGAUGGGGUCCGGCGCCGGCGAGAAGAAGAGGGACUCAUUAGGGAAAGAAGGAGGCCCGCUGGAAAAUGGCGAUGUAGAGAGCUCAUCGACAGACAGCGAGGAACAGGAUUCCGGCCGAACAAUCUACUUCAACAUCCCGCUCCCUGCCCACGAACGCGACGAGGAGGGACACCCCAAAGCCCACUACGCGCGAAACAAGAUAAGAACGGCCAAGUACACCCCGCUCAGCUUUAUACCAAAGAACCUGUGGUUCCAGUUCCACAACAUCGCAAAUGUGUACUUUCUGUUCAUCAUUAUCCUCGGCAUAUUCUCCAUCUUUGGAGCGUCCAACCCCGCGCUUAACGCCGUCCCUCUGAUCGUGAUUUUGUGCGUCACCGCCGUCAAGGAUGCGAUCGAAGACUGGAGGAGAACCGUGCUAGACAAUGAGCUGAACAACGCCCCCGUCCACAGGCUGGUUGACUUCAGCAACGUGAACACUGCCGAGGAUACCGUGUCUUGGUGGCGACGUGUAAAGAAGGCAACCACCCGAGGUAUUGUCUGGGUCUGGCGUCUGCGGAAACACAAGAAGUCUGGCAAAGGCAAAGAGGGCCACAGAGGGCGGGACACAGACGAAUCAAGACCGUCCAUCGACACGAGAAGGGCGUCGGUUCUCUCCCACAGAACCUCUUACUUUUCGGCCGAAUCGGAUCACCGCGGCGAGGAAGGUAUCCAAAUGACUCCAGUACCUUCGCCCCUACCAGGUCAGUCCCCUGCGCAAUCCCCGCUACCCACCGAUGCUGUAAAUCUUGGAGGGCACUCUCAUGUCAAAGAAGGCGACAAGGUGCGGGGCGGCGGUCCGGUCAUUCCCACCAAAUUCUGGGGCAGUGUGAUGGACCCGUACAAGACCACGCCGGAGAAGGCGCGAUUCAAGAAAGACGCAUGGAAGAACGUGCAGGUGGGCGACUUUCUCCGGUUGUACAACGAUGAGGAGGUUCCAGCUGACGUUGUGGUGCUUUCCACCUCGUCCGAUGAUGGCGCAUGCUACGUUGAGACCAAGAACCUGGACGGGGAGACUAAUCUUAAAGUGCGCAAUGCCCUACACUGCACACGCGGCGUCAGGCAUGCGCGGCACUGCGAACGUGCCGAAUUCUGGAUCGAAAGCGAAGGGCCACAUUCGAACCUCUAUUCGUACAGCGCCGCCAUACGGUGGAACCAACACGACGGGAAAGAUCCAAACGCGGCGUCCUAUGAGAUGGUUGAACCAGUUUCGAUCAACAACCUCCUUCUACGCGGAUGUCAAUUGCGAAAUACGGAGUGGGUGCUAGGCGUCGUCGUUUUUACGGGUGAAGAGUCCAAGAUCAUGCUCAAUUCCGGCAUCACCCCGAGCAAGCGCGCCAAAAUAAGCAAAGACCUGAAUUGGAAUGUCGUCUACAACUUCAUUAUUCUUGCGCUCAUGUGCCUCAUCUCCGGCAUUGUUCUGGGAACAUAUUGGGGCAAGGAUGACACCUCACACUCGCUCUUCGAAUUUGGCUCCUACGGCAACGGCAACCCCGCUCUUGAUGGCGUUAUCGCAUUCUGGGCCGGUAUCAUCCUGUUCCAGAAUUUGGUGCCCAUUUCACUGUACAUCACUCUGGAAAUCAUCCGAACGCUGCAAGCAAUCUUCAUCUACAGCGACGUUCUGAUGUACUACGAGGCUAUCGACUAUCCCUGCACCCCAAAAUCCUGGAACAUUUCCGAUGACGUCGGACAGAUUGAGUACAUCUUCUCUGACAAGACGGGAACUCUGACCCAGAACGUAAUGGAGUUCAAGAAAUGCACGGUAAACGGCGUCCCGUAUGGAGAGGCGUAUACGGAGGCUCAAGCCGGUAUGCAGCGAAGACAGGGCAUCGAUACAGAGGUUGAAGGCGCUCGCGCCCGGGAACAAAUCGCCCGCGACCGCGCACGCAUGAUUGAACGCAUUAGGAAGAUACACGACAACCCGUACCUCUGGGACGACGACUUGACCUUUGUUGCUCCCGACUUCAUCGAAGACCUAGCUGGAGAUUCCGGGCGUGAGCAAAAGAUUGCCAAUGAGCGGUUCAUGCUAGCUCUCGCUCUGUGCCACACCGUUGUUACAGAGAGGACGCCUGGAGACCCACCCAGGAUCGAGUUCAAGGCACAGUCUCCCGACGAGGCUGCACUGGUAGCCACAGCACGCGACGUGGGCUUCACCUUCGUUGGCCGAGACGAUGACCGCCUAAUCAUUAACGUCUUGGGCGAAGAACGCAGAUAUACCGUGCUAAACACCCUUGAGUUCAAUUCCACGCGAAAGCGCAUGAGCGCAAUCAUAAGAAUGCCGGACGGAAAAAUCGUCCUUUUCUGCAAGGGAGCCGAUAGCAUGAUUUACUCGAGGUUGAUCCCAGGCGAGCAACGGGAACUACGCGCCACGACCGGAGAGCACCUCGAGAUGUUUGCCCGAGAAGGCCUACGAACCCUUUGCAUUGCUCAAAAAGAGAUCUCGGAGGAGGAAUACCAGGAAUGGAACAAGGACUACGACAUUGCUGCCAAUGCUGUUGCGGGCCGUGAGGAGAAGCUCGAAGAAGUCUCCGAUCGCAUUGAGAAUCAGCUGUGGCUCCUGGGUGGUACCGCUAUCGAAGACAGACUGCAAGACGGUGUCCCUGACUCCAUUUCCCUUCUCGGCAAAGCUGGUAUCAAACUCUGGGUCUUGACGGGAGACAAGGUGGAGACCGCCAUCAAUAUCGGCUUCUCUUGUAACCUGCUCGACAACGACAUGGACCUCAUCAUAUUCAAAGUCGAUGACGAGAGUCUAGCAACGGCUGAGACUUUGCUUGAUGAGAAACUUGCGAUUUUCGGAAUGACAGGAUCUGAAGAAGAGCUCAAAGCGGCCCAAGACGACCACGAACCCCCUCCGCCCACCCAUGCCAUCGUCAUUGACGGAGACACAUUGAAGCUUUGCUUGGACGACUCGCUCAGGCGGAAGUUCCUUUUGCUCUGCAAGCAGUGCCGAUCGGUCCUUUGUUGCAGAGUGAGCCCUGCCCAGAAAGCAUCGGUCGUGAACAUGGUAAAGACAGGAUUGGAUUGCCUAACGCUUGCUAUCGGGGACGGUGCCAAUGACGUUGCCAUGAUCCAGGAAGCCCACGUCGGAGUUGGUAUUGCAGGUCUCGAGGGUCGUGCCGCCGCAAUGUCUUCCGACUAUGCGAUUGGUCAAUUCCGAUUUCUCACACGCCUUGUGCUCGUCCAUGGCAGAUGGUCCUAUCGCAGGCUCGCGGAGACCAUUGCAAACUUCUUCUACAAGAACAUUGUCUGGACGUUUGGGCUUUUCUGGUACCAGAUCUAUACCAACUAUGACAGCCAGUAUAUCUUCGAUUAUAGCUAUAUUGUCUGGUUCAAUCUGGCCUUCACCUCGUUACCCGUCAUUCUGAUGGGUGUAUUGGACCAAGACGUCGACGACAAGGUCUCCUUGGCCGUUCCUCAGUUGUAUACCAGAGGCAUUGAGCGGAAGGAGUGGACUCAGCCCAAGUUCUGGUUGUACAUGCUUGAUGGUGUCUACCAGUCCGCUAUUGCGUUCUUCUUUGUCUACCUCAUCUUCUCGCCUGGCACAUUCGCUACGCCGAAUGGACUGGACAUAGCGGAGUUGAAGCGAAUGGGCAUCUUCGUCGCCACCAUCGCCGUCUGCGCAGCCAACUUCUACGUACUUUUCAACACCUUCCGGUGGGACUGGCUAAUAGUCGUUGUCGUCAUCAUCAGCACAAUCUUCAUUUGGUUCUGGACAGGCGUCUACACAUCGUUUACCUCAAGCGCACAGUUCUACAAGGGCGCUGCCGAGGUCUACGGAUCGUUGACUUUCUGGGCUGUCCUGCUGUUGGCGACGAUCGCUUGUCUACUUCCGAGGUUCACCAUCAAGGCCAUCCAGAAGAUGUACUUCCCUCUGGACGUGGACAUCAUCCGUGAACAAGUUAGGGAGGGCAAGUUCGAUUACCUGCAGGAAACGGAAGCUUACCUCCCUCCACCACCCGAGAAGGGAAUGUCGAAAGUAUCGUCGGACGCUUCCAAGUAUAAAACCGCCAAGGCUAAAGAGGGCGACGAGGACGUGCGUCCAAUCUACCCACCAUCUGUUGCUCCAACCGCCACCACUCACAACCCAAGGAGUCAAAACGGGAGCAACAGCACGGACUACACCCUCCGCAGGUCUCUAGAAGCCAUUCCGUCGCAUCGCAUGUCCAUGGAUCGGCCGCGGCCGUCUUUCGAUCGAGCUAGGAUGUCCAUGGAUCGUGUCAGACCCAGUUUCGAAGCCAGCAAUGACUUUACAUCGGCGGCGAUGUUAACGCGCUUAGAGUCGUCCCACAGCCGCAACAGCGUCGGCGCCCAACCGCAGACGGGCGGUUACAUUGCCAGCCGUCUACGAAACGCUUUCCGGAGACCAACGGUAACCCGAGAAGAAGCGCCGGACCUGGCUGAUUCUGAACACCCGCCUGUCCCAGGUCCUCCAACAAGCACCUUAACAGAUCCUCGUCGAAGUCCUCCGAGGAGUCCGCGGCGGUAAGCCCGAUGGGCGGUGGUAACGACUUCGGACAUAAUACCUUUGCACAUUCUUUUGAUCACGACCUGUAUAUAUUCACGCCCGUCGGGACCGCGGAUCUGACUGUCCAUGCACAAA